AGAUAGUUUUGAGAGAAAAUGUUUGAAGUGAACAGAAUGAAGAUGAGUUCGAUCAAACAUGAACUGCACCUAAGCAACCACUCACUGACAACCCAAACCUAUCACCGUCAUAAGAACAAUAGAUGACAAUUUAAAAAAAAUAUUAUUAUAUUAAACGUUAGCCAGUCUAGCAUCACCAUAUCACGUUUAACAUGCUCCAAUACCACAUGUCAGUGGAGCCAGUCAUUGUUUCAUAACACUUAUCAACCGACCAUGUAGCCAUCUCCUUUCUCGGCUCGAACACUCCUCUCCCAAACCCAGCCAGCUAUUACGAAAUCACCGCCACCGCUAAUUACCUCUCUCUCAAUCACUGACCUCUCUUACUGACCCACACCUUUUCCACGCCCACCAGCACUCCGCAACCAACAAUACCACUCGGACUCUCCCACCACCACUAUCCACGCUCUCCCACCACUUUUCAACAACUAUAACUACAAUCAACAUCACUGCUUCUUCGACAAUUCUAAACUGGGAUGGUUAUAAGAUGGCCAGACGCACUCAUACACACAUCUAACCUACGGGACCAAACACUACACUCUAGUUUAAACAGAAAAAGAGAGAAAAUAUAAGCCAGGCAGAGAGAGCGAGAGGGAAAUUUAGUGGUAGAGAAACUGUAAGCGAGAGAGAAAGAAAGAGAGUAACGUUGUCGAGGCCAGUCAGACAGAUGUUGAUCUUUGUCAAGAGAUUCGGACGGUGUUUCGGUUUCAGCUAAGUUGGACUCAACAACAAGUGAAAAAAGCUGCACAUUAUAUAAAAUACAAGUUUGCACCACACAGGUAGGCAUGUGUGCAUACUGUAAUUAAUACUGAUUAAAACACUUAAGAAAUCAGACUAUAUAUAUAUAUAUAUAUAUAUAUAUGAGUGUGUGUUUAUAUAUAGAAAUAGAGAGGGCGAAUUAAUCGGAUAUUAAGGAAAGAUUGAUACCCAAUUGUCGACACUGAAGUUUGAAAUUUAAAGAAAAGCAUUGCCAACUCUCUCAUGAUGAUGAAAAAAACAAUGGCUUUUGCCAGAGAAUUUAAAACACUAAAUUUUCCAUUCCACUGUGAGAGUCCUGCCAGUUGCUUGGCAUAAAUUAGCAACAUUAAGAGUAUGGUUGGCUGACUGUAUAAUGACAGGCGCCACAACAUAACAUUCUUAUUUGCUUCCAACAAUCAAUCAGAAUAAUUUGAGAAAAAAAUAGUUAUUCAUUAACAGCUUAACCAAUCUAAUUGAUGAGGUAAAUGAAGGAGGAAGCAAGAAACUAAAUCAAUAAAUGUGAUUAGAAAAACAAAGAAAAAAUAAAGAAAAUUCCAUGUCCUCAGAAACCAGAAGUAUGAAGAUAAAUAUAGAUCGGCCUGCUAACCUAGUUUGAUAAAAAAAAAUAUCCAACCGAAAUCAAGCUAUUUUGUAUAUACUGGAAUAAUUUCAUAUAUAUACGAAUAACCAGAAAGCUAGAGAUGAAUCUUCAUUAGUAUAAAAAUAAACUUUUCUAACUAAUAUUUACAUUCCUGAGACAAAAAACAUAAUAUUUGAUUAACCCUUUCGUUACCAAUCCAGCUCUGGCUCUGAGUACAAAUGUCUUGUUUUCAUAAGUUUUGAAUUAAAAUCUUCCAUCAAACCUUAGUCACAAUUUAUGUUCCUAACACUAGCUGAAUGAUAACUAAGUUAUUUUACUAAAUUCUUUGUUAUAUUUAAAAUAAUGGAAAGAAACACAGAACAUCUCAGAAUAAAUACAGUAACAAAAGGGUUAAAUAAAGUGGUUUUUCCCUUUGUACAAUCAAAUGAAGUAGAAUGACAAUGCUAUUUUCAUAUUAAACUUCAUAAAUAUUAGAAACUGAAAACAAUCAGGCAGAGACCAUACAUAUUAUCAAAGGAAGAAAUCUACAUGGAGUGAAUCUACAUGUGUAAGGAAUUCAAAACAAUAUUAUGAUUAGAUAUGUGAGACCAAAACAUCAUUCAUUUUAAGUUGAUGUGAGGAAAAAAGUAUCAUGUUUAAGUUGCAUAUGUAAGAAAAUCAAAGACAAUACUCCUUCCUAACAUAUAUGAAAAAUACAAUACACAGAAAAAAAUAUUCAUACUGAAGUUAUAUAUUGAAUAGAUGCAAAGCAAGUGCAUACAAAAUGUAUGUACAAUUUAUAAAUUGAAUCUACAGCCUUAUGUCAUGUACUUUGCAGUAAUAUACUGUAUUCAAGAAAGGAAGAUUAUUUUCAUAACAUGUAAUAAUAAUAAACUAUUUCUCCUAUCUAUCUUUAAAAAUAAACAGGCUACACAAAAGAUCAGUAUGCAUAUGUAUUAACAAUAUAUAUAUAUAUAUAUAUAUAUAAAUAUAUAUAUAUAUAUAUAUAUAUAUAUACACAUACGCACACACAUGAUUCUAAUUAUAAGCUAUAAAUCAUUUUACAAGUUUUGCCUGAUUGUAUGCUCAGCUAAAUCCAGCCAAUGGUAAUGCAUUCCUAUUCUACUGAUAUCAAAAUAUGUAUGUAUGUCAGUUAAAAAUUUAUAUGUAAACAUCAUAUAUAAGAAACUCAGCUGAGACAGUUACAUGACUUCAUUUAGACAGAAACCUUACAAAGUAACAAUCUGACAGAAGACAAAACUAUAUUAUAAAUCAGCAGAAUAAAAUAGAAAUUCAAUAUAUAUAAUUCACAUUAUAUAUUUACGACAGGAAACAAAUAGCUUUACUCUUGGAAAGAAUUCACUAUCUAUUUCAUAAAAUUCCAAAGUGAAUAGAAUGAUACAAAUCAAUAAACAAGUCACUGGAUCUAUUGCUAAAUACAACCCUCUAAAGAAGUAUUGGAUAAUACAUUUUAUGAACAACUUAUUCUUGAAUACUUCUGGUAGACUUGUUUCCAAGCAAAACAACUUUUUAACAAUUGGUAUAUUAUUAUCACUAUGAAUUAUCAUAUUGCAAACAUAAAUACAUUUUCAACUAAGAUUACAAGUACUGUCAAACAAAAUAAUAUUUUAAAGCAUAAAAAUACAAUUUAUUAAAAGGAAUUUAAGAUAUCGAAUAAAAAUUUUCACAGGUGUUUUCAAGCAAUUGUGCAAGAAACAUUUUACAGGGGAAAUUUCAAGAAAUUAUCAAAGAAGAUAUCUUUUUUAACAAAAUGUCAUUUAUAGAAAUUGUGAAAGAAUUUAAUUACCAUAUAGAUUUCUAAAUACUGUGAAACCAGGAAAAGAAUUGAAGUAAAACAAAGAAGAAAAUUAUCAAGUCAAGGCUUUUAGAAUUCUCAGAAACUAUCCAAAAUACCAGAUACAUUUGUUAAUCCAACAAAUAUGGUUCUCAUCAAGUUCUUUAUAUAAGGUUUUCCAUGUUAAUAACAUUCCCUAAAAGGAUUUGAUGUUUUUCAAGAUGCAAGUUUACUUCAAACUCCAUUUAGUCCAAGUUGUAAAAUAAUAACAAUAACAAGGGAUGGUAAAAUACAGUUGAAGCAUUUCAGCUAAAUUAAUAUCUUCAGAUAUUUUAUGUCAUUUUGUUAAACAAGCAAAUAAUAAUAAUAAUAAUCCGAAACAAAAUAUAUAGUAAUUUACCAAGGUCAACCAAAAUUUGUUCAUGAUGACUUCAAAUUCUGUACUGUCAAUGAAGGACAUGUUAUGUCCUUUGUGUGGCUGUGUUUAUGAUGAGCCCCGGAUGUUAGCUUGUCUACACAACUUCUGUAUUAACUGUCUCAUAAAGUAUCACUCACACACAACUGAAGAAAACAAGCUUAUCUGUCCUCAAUGUAGAAUGGAAACAAUGCUUGGAGGAUCAGGCUUAGAAAGCUUGCCCAUGAAUACUUUUGUUAAGUGGCAGAUUAAGGAAUAUGGUCUCCUUCAUGCAGCACCAAUGCACUCUGAUACUGAAAAUGAAAAUAGAGAGCUGACAAAAAUGAGCCUUUCUUCAACUGAUUCAUCUUUGUCCAAUGAAAAAGAUGACUCCAUUCAGGGCAAGGAAGAAGAGAACAGAGAGAGUCCAAUGUCAGUGAGCGGCAGCGAGGUUAUCGAUGACUCGUACAACACCACUAUUGACAGUUUGCACAAUAAAUAUCUACAGUUGCAAACCAAAGCACUGCAGAUCACUUAUGCAAUAGACUCAGUUAACCAAUCUGUUGAGGACUGGAAAGAAAACCGGUGUCGAGUUAAGGAAGACAUUCAACGCCGUUCACAAUAUCUUCAAAGCUUGAUUAGACUCUUGGAAAGGAAAUUGCUAUCGGAGUUGGACAGUUCAACACACAUGGGUGAAAUAAUGGAUGAAGUGACAACCACAAAAGAAAAGUUGCAAGACACACUGAAGUUGACCCUGCACAACAUACAGUUCAUACGUCAUUUAAUCAAUACAGGUUUACCAGAUGAUAUCAUGUGUUUGGGUAAGUCAGUGUUGAAGAUGAAGCCAAUCAGCUCAGAACAAGAAAUCAGCUUACGAUUCCCAGAGUAUAAAGUUGAAUGUAGUCAUUUAAAACAGGAGAGCCACCUUGAAGAGGUAUUUGGGGAACUAUCAAAAACCUGGAAGCAAAAAGUUAUCAUGUCAGUAACAAAUGACAAUGUGAAGGGUCUGCCUGUUGACCAGUUUCUCUCAGAUAAUCCAGCAGAUCUUACACAGAGUAUGUAUUUUGACAGAGAAAAACACACACAAGGAAGAAAGUUAAUAGAAAACUCAGCUAAAUUCAGUCCAGAUUUAUCAUCAACAGCAUUAAAGAAAAGAAACACGAAUGAUUCAGAAAUAUCUGUAACUGGAAAUAAUCCCCAAACAUUUCUAAAUGAUGUUGAAAAAAACAUUUAUCUCAAGUAUGAAAUGGCUAAAAAGAAUGUUGAGAAACGACGUCGAGAACUUGCAGUGAAACACAUGAUUGAAAACAAAAGCAGAUCAUAUGAUGAAGUGACCCCGAAUAAUUUUGAAUCCAGUGAUAUCAAAAUGCUAAAAGACCAUGAAAAUCUCAAUUUCAACAAAAGAGAAGCACAAAUGAUAUUCACUGAGAAAAUGGUGCACACUGAUAGUGAAAUUAACUUUCCUUUGAUAGAUCCACAAAAGGAGAAAGAUUUUAACAAUGACCGAAACGCCCGAAGAUGGAGCAGUGAUUCACCCCUGAUGGCAGCACAGGUGACCAUGGCCCGCAGCAAAGUGUCGGCAGUCCUUCGACGUAACAACUCAGUCUCACCAAAUAUAUCUGAAAAUUUGGCCGUGAGUCCUACUGCCAAAAAGAGAAGUCCAACUAAGACAGAAGAGGUGGAAGGUAUUGCUCCACAGAGUAAUGACAGAGCUAAAUUAGAAGACAGUGGUGGCAGUGUGAAAGCUUUGUGGGAUAACAGAGAAAAUGAGAAGGCAAGAGAGAGUGAGGUCAAAAUGAAGGAGAGGAGAAGCAUCUUGGAUGCUGAUUCUGAAAAAGUCAAGAGAAUGUCUCGUGAUCUGUUCCAAGAAAUCAAAGAGAAUGCCCGACGAAAAAGCGAGCGAUGGAGGUCUGUGUCAACAUCACAUUGAGAGAAGCAGAUAGAGGUCACUGAGUCAACAUUAUAUUAAUAUGUAAAGCUUUAUGUUAUCACAUUGAGCUAAAAAAUCUGUGUCUGCCAACAUUUUGUUGAACUGUGGUGGCUUUUAUUAACAGGACACUGAACAGUGGAUCUCCACUUACACUGAACUGUGAAACCUUAAUCCAACAUCACAUGUAGAGGUCUCUAUCAAUAUCACUAUAGACUGUGGAGUUAUUUGUCAAUAUUAUUGUGGAUUGUAGAGUCAUUUGUCUACAUCAUAGUGGUCUGUGAAGUUUAUGUCUGUCAAUAGAAACAAUACUCUGUCACUGAUGUUGCUUGGUAAAUCCAGCUAUGGAUAAUUCUUUCCUACUUUACUACCAUAGAGAAAUAAACAAAAUCACAUACAUGCAUACACACACACACACACACACACACACACACACACAAACACAGACACAUGCGCAUACAUACAUACAUGAAUGCAUGCAUCAAGUAGCCAAUGGUGUCAUAUAAUCAUAUGGAUAGAGAAUGAGGUAUACUUAACCCCAAAAGGAUGAAAGGCAAAGGUCGACCUUGGUGGAAUUUGAACUCAGAACGUAAAGACAUACAAAACACUACUAAGCAGUUCAUUGAAAGUGAAGUGCUAGCAAUUCUGCCAGCUCACAUAAUAAUAAUAAUAAUGAUAAUAAUUUCAAAUUUUGGCACAAAGCCAGAAAUUUCAGAGGAGUUGGGGAAGUCGAUUACAUCAGCUCCAGUCAUCAUCUGGUACUUAUUUUAUUGACCUCAAAAGGAUGAAAGACAAAGUCAACCUUAACAGAUUAAUAAUAAACUCAGUUUGAAGUUUUGAAAUAAAUAUAAUUAUGAAAAAAAAAAUACCUGACCAACCAAAUCAAACUAUAUACUGUCCUUAAAAAUUUAUUAGCAAUGCUCUGACUUCUAAAUAAGGAGCACCAACAAAACUAUUAGUUUCUAAAUUUAAUACUAGAGACAAGUAGUGCUAAAGAGUACAAAACUUGAUAAGACAAACUGAGUCCAUGAUGUGGCCUUCAUUCUGAGUUGAAGCCAUUAUACCUGAUUCCUACUGUGAAUGACCUUCAAGCAAAAACCUUCAAUAUCACACAUUAAAGAGAACACUGUUCAUGUUUAAAUCUUAGAACUUGGACCUGAGUCAAAAUCAAUAUCAAUGUAUUCAGAUACAACAAAAAAAGAAGUCUAUAAAAGAAAACUGAAAAUUGAGAAACAAACCACACUGUAUUCCGUCAUUCUAGUAUUUUACCUAACAGACAUUACAAUUCUAUUCGUCCCACUAUCAUACAAAACUAUUUUUACAUGUAUGUGCACACACAUACAUACUGAAAGAUACCUAUCCAAUCAUCUAUUCAUGCACGCACACACACACACACACACACACGAAAAUGAACUGCAACUUGAUGGUUAAAAUAUUUAAUAAUAUUAAUAUUAAGUUGGUAAUAUUCUUGAUACCCGGUGUGUUUUUCAGGAUUAAACCUUCCCAAUUUCAGCAAGAACUUUUUAAAGAAUGAUCUACAAUAAAAUACAAAAUAAUUGACAUUGACCAGAUUACAUAAACUAUUAUUAUUCUUUGAUAUUAAGAAUUGAGAAAGAAGGAUACAUGAAUUGUAUUACGUUUGGUAUAACUCAAUAACUAGUGUUCAAUUUAUAUCAGAAUGAUAAAAUAUGUGACUGAUUAUUUUCUGAAAAGUUUUGGAAACCACACAGUAGAACUCCUGUUGUUAAACUGUUAUAGACGUUUCAACAAUACUGCUGUGAUCAACAGAAUAGACAACAUCUGUAGAGUACCAAAGAACAGAAAGGACAUACGUUCUACAAUAAAGAAGAUACAGUUAACUUGUAGUUGAGACUUGAGAUUAAUAUAUUAGUCCAAAGAAACUAUAGAGUAAAGAAUUGUUUAAAUGACAAAACAAAGAAUGGUUUUUUAACUAUGAUUAAAUUUGAAAAUACAAAUAGAACAGAGUAGUGAUAUUUAAUAGAGGUGACCCAGAAGUUGUUCCUCUUCCAUUACUAUUGCAAACAACAGUAGCUUUCUUUAAUUGAAUAUAUGUCAUUGACUGGUUAAAAUUACCCAAAUACGAUAACUUUGACAUGAAAUAACUUCUAAAAUACGAAGUUUUGUCAAAAAUGUUGAAAGUAAACCGUGUUCAGCAUGAGAAAUUACAUCAGUAUACAAAGUUUCAAAUUGUUUAGUUAAAAAAAAACAUAAUUAAAAAAUUUGUGAGCGAAACUGAACAGAUCCGACUUGACAGUUACACUAUGAUGAAACUAAACUAUUGUAGUUUUGUGUCAAAAAUGAUAACAAAUGAAAAGAGAAAAAUAAAAAUGAAAUAAUGGUGAUGAGAACAAAAAUUAUAACCAACAGGUGAAAAUAACAAAAUUUAUUUGAUAAUAAAAUGGAGUUGGUAAAAAUAGUAGAGAGCUGCAAGAGACAUUAAAUGGGUAUCCUUGACUUAAUUUUCACCAAGGCCAAUUUAGCUCUUUAUGUCACAAAAGUUGAUGAAACUAAUUACAGUAAUAAUUGAGAUCAAGUAAAUUAUCUGGGUUUUUUUUUUACCCUGACUACAUUCAAAGCAACAGUGGACCCUGAACCUAGGGAAAAAAAUUAGCUUGCAGGUAUACAAACAGGACUUGAAAAAGAACAUACAACCAAUCAAAGAGAUAAAUGAGUAAUGCAACUCUGAGAUCUAUUUUCAAUAUCCACUUUAUUCAUACUGUCUAUGGAUUUGGGAAAGGUGAAAACAUAACAAUAUUUCCCUCUGUGUAACACAAAAACUGAAUUGUACUAUAAUUGCAGGGAGCAAAGAUGUAUUUUCUCUGAGUACUUCAAAUUUUAUUUUUCUAUACCAGGCUGCAACCAUACUUUGGACAGCAAGUUCAAAAACUAAGAUGGACUGCUGGAGGAAAUGUCUAUAUAAUUAAUAUUAUUGCUAAUCACUCUUUGACUGUAAAAUGCUGGCCAUUCUUUUCAGCUAAGCAAAGAGAGAAAUACAUUUUAAGGGAUAAAAGUCAAUAUUGUAACAUUAACCAGGUUAAAAGUUGGCCCUAAUCUGUAAAUUGAACUAAAAGGCAUAACUUAAUGAAUUUAUUCAGAAUGCCCGUCAAAAUAACAUGAUCAUCAAACACAGUAUGACUUCUACAUGACCCUAAAAAAAGGAACAAACUAGUGUUUACAAAGAAUGAUAAUUUUGAGAAAAUUAUAGUUUAUACAAAAUGAAUGAUGGUAUUGACAAGAAUAAUGAUUUGUAUGGAAUAAUUCUAAAAGUUAUAGUGACUGAAACUUACAUUUUCUUCUCAGAUUUUCGACAUAAAAGUUUUACUUUUUUCUUUUUUAAGUUGAGAAAAAAAUGGAAAUAAUUGGCCAAACUAUUAUGCUUAUGUAUAUAUUAUUAUAUAUAUUUUUAUAAUAGGAAUUUUAUACAUUCCCCAACAGUUAUGAAGCCUGGAGUGUGUGUGUAUGUAUAUAUGUAUGUAUGUAUGUAUGUAUAUAUAUAUAUAUAUAUAUAUAUAUAUAUAUAUAUAUAUAUAUAUAUAUACACACACAAACACACACACACAUAUAUGUAUAUAUAUAUAUAUAUAAAACUUUACCUGACAAUAUAAACACAAGUAAUCAAUUUUGGACCUACAUACCAUGUGAACCUACAUGCAACCUUUCAAAGCAUAUAUGUGCUAUCAUUGAAGAUUUGGAUAUGGUUUAAAUAUCACAAAAGAACACAGACAAAACAUUUGAUACAAAAAAUGAAGAAAAGAUUCAAGCAAAAACAAUAAUAUACAUAUGUACAAGGAGACAAACUACCAACUGUAUGACUAUUAAAAAAAAUGUUUAAUUCUA